UGCACAGAUGGUUAUCUUCUCGAAAAAAGUGGAUCUUGCACAAAAUGUUCAAAAGGUUGUUCAGUUUGUACUUCUGCCACUGUCUGUACCGCAUGCAAUGAUGGGUAUUAUAUUGAAAAAAAUGUAUGUAAAGGGUGUUCGGAUGGCUGUUCAACUUGCAGUGGUGCCGCCACUUGUACUAGUUGUAAUGAUGGAUAUUAUCUAAAUAAUAACAAAUGCACAAAAUGUACAAUUGGCUGUUCAAAAUGUAGUGAUGCUACUAAAUGUACUGAAUGCUCAAGUGGUUAUUAUUUGGAAAAUAAUAAAUGCAAAAAAUGUACAAUUGAAGGUUGUGCAACUUGCACUGAUACUAACACUUGUUCUAGAUGUAGUGAUGGGUAUUACAAAAAUGGUAAUAAGUGUAAAAAAUGUGAAAAUAACUGUGAAACUUGCAGCAGUGCUACCAAAUGUUCUAAGUGUAAAGCUGGUUAUUAUCUUGAAGAAAGUAAGUGCAAAACAGAAACUGAGUGUAAAGAUUCUGCAAUGGGAUGUUCGAAGUGCAAACAAGAUAAAACAACUUGUGUUUCAUGUACAGCUGGAUAUUAUCUAAAUAGUAACUCAUGCACAAAAUGUAAAAAUGGUUGUUCAACUUGUACUGAUGCUACUACUUGUUCUGAAUGUACAAAUGGUUAUUAUCUUGAAGGAGGCAAAUGCAAUAAAUGUACAAAUGGCUGUUCAAUUUGCAGCGAUGCUAACACUUGUACUGGCUGUAUUGAUGGGUAUUAUCUAAAUGGUAAAACAUGCAAAAAAUGUGGGGAAAAUUGUGCAAAAUGUUCUACCUCAAAUAUUUGUUCUAAAUGUGACCCUGGUUUUGUUGGAUAUCUUUCUUCUAAAGGUAUGUGUACUCCUUGUUACCCAGAUUAUAAAUGUGCCACAUGUGUUGAAGACCCCAAGGAUGCCAAUGGUAAAUGUAAAACAUGUGAUACUAAUACCAACUACAAAUACAUGAAUGGUAAUAAAUGUGUUGAUUGUGCAACUGGAAAAAUCACAUUACAAGAUACAUGUGAUACCUCAGAAAACGCAUGUGGAAGUGGAUGUGCUGCAUGUAUGGAAGUUGCUGAAAGUACAACGGCAAAAUGUACCAAAUGCACUACAUCAACUGAUUACAUCAAUCUUGAUGGAACAUGUAAUAAAACUUGCAAAAUUGGUAAAACUAAUAAAAUUAAAAUGAUGUGUGAAGAAUGCACUAAUGCUGACUGUGAAACUUGUGAAACAGUUGAAAAUGCUGAACAAUGCACCAAAUGUGGAACCAAAUACAUUGCUUUUGACAAAAUAUCAUGUGUUGAUAAAUGUACCAUUGGUAAACCAGUUGAGACUCCAAUCAAAAAGUGUGAUAAAUGCGCCACUGAGAAUUGCGAUGUUUGUGACAAAGAUGACAAGUGCACUCAAUGCAAGACCAAAUUCAAUCUCAUGGCUGACACUUCGAAAUGUGUUGAUAAGUGUCCAGAAGGAUAUAUGACAGAUAAAACAAAUAAUAAAUGCAUUAAAUGUACUGUCGAAGGUUGCGCAACUUGUGAAAAUGUGGAUGAAUGCACUGCAUGUAUGGCUGAAUACAAGUUGGAGGGAGGAAAAUGCAAUGGAGCUAAUGCCGUUUUCGCGAUAAUGGGUUUAGUCGUUAUGGCGUUUUUAUUCUAA